AUGGAAUACAAUCAUGAUCGAGAACAAAAAAGUGAAAUAAUACAAAGACUUGAUCCACAAUUAAUUGUUAAUUGUGUUACAGGUAUAGAUGAACUUCGAUAUCUAUUAACAAAACAUAUUGAACAAGGUUUUGAAGUUGAUGAAACAAAUGAAUUGAUAUCUUAUUUUGAUUUACUUGAAACAAUUUUUGCUGAAAAAGAAGAUAUUAAAUUAGCUGCAUCACAUCUUUAA